AUGCCCAAUAAACUGAGCAAUCAACAACAACAUUUGGAUACCCCUAUCAAUGCUUCAAUUAGACAUUUGAGUACUACAGAUAUUUCUAUCAAAGAAGAAGCUGAGCCAUGUGAACUUCAUGAGAAAUUACACUGCGAAGAGUGUCAAGAAAUAAAUGAAAAAAGAAUGAGUCAAUUCUUAAAGAGAUCUAUAUCAUACAAUGCAAUUAAUAAUGUGAAGAAGAGAACCUCAAUAAAUAAUCUCCAUAGGACUUUAUCGCAAACAAGUUGUUAUAGUAAUGGUUCCACUCAAACAUAUAAAAAUUCUAAUAUCGACCCAUUCAAUGAAUUUCUAUCUUUUCUCUCCAAUGAUGAUUAUAUUGGACAAGAGAAUAUUCUAUGGGACAACUUACCAAAAGAAGUUAAAGAAUUCUUUAUUGCAAGAGCUUUGGCCAAAAAAAAGCUAGCCAAUGAUCAUACAAUCCAUUUAAAUGAUCUGAAGGAACUGUUUCGAAAUAAUGCAUCAAUACCAAAUAACUCUGAUAUACCCCCUAGAUACAUUAGAAGAAAUAUAGCUUCAAACAUUAAAAGACAGGCGAGGAAGUCAAGAGAGCAAAAUAUAUCCAGAUUAAUCGGUCAAUUUUUUGACUAUGAACUAACAGAAAUGCAAAAAGAGGAAAUAUUAAAUGAGUUCUCAAUGCCAGAAGAAGAAAAUCCGUUCUUAAGUGUACAUUCAAAAGAUAGACAGAAAGAAUGUUCAGAAACUGAACCUCCAAUCAGUAGCCCAGAACCAUACUUGAGUGAAAUCAACGAGAAAAUCAAGGAGUUGAAUAAAUUAAUGGAGCGUUUAGAACAAUAUUCUCCCGUAACCACCCCAACCACUAAUGAUACCGACAAGGCUCCAAUUACAAGUAGUUCAGCAACCACACCUCUAAUUUCAAAGGACAAAGAUCUAAGAGCAACAACUAAUAGAUCAUUGAAUAAAAAAAUGAAUGAAACUCCAAGCCACCAGUCCUUGAGAGCCAACCUCCCAAAGAAGCAUACCGAAGAAACCUUUUUGGAGAUGUUAGCCACUAAAUCUAAGAAAUUUAUGAAAAAGUUUAAACAUAAAAAGAAACCGGCAAAGUUGGACUUAUAUAGGAAACCCACAACUAGUUCUCGACAACUAAUACAUCCAGCACCAUCGGAGUAA